AUGAACGCUCGUCAUCUAGGACCAUAUCCCCGUGCUAACGCCAAUGAACUCCUACAAGUCGUGUUUUAUGCAAUCCUCCCCCUGAAAGAGCUUCCCGACUGGACUACCGCUAUCAAAAAUGGGAAUGAAAGCCAAAGUGAUCCCCCCAACCUAACUGGGAACGUCAAGGACCUGGGACGACAUCCUGUAGCGCAUGGAGGAUAUGGGGACAUUUACGAGGCUAAUCUUCAAAUUGCGGCAGGAAAGCCUAUGAUAACUUUAAAGGUGGCGGUCAAAGCUUUACGAAGGCCACCGCUGAAUGACGUUGAGAUGCGAAAGGGUAGAAAGAGGAUUGGGCGUGAGCUUCGCGUUUGGAAACAACUUGACCACGAAAACAUCAUACCUUUGUGCGGAUUAAUCUAUGAUGAGGCCAAAUUUGGCCCGUUUCCUGCUAUGAUUUGUCCUUGGGCUGAGCGUGGAAGUUUACACAGUUAUAUCAGUUCUUCGGAUGGAACCCGUCUUUCUUCCCUCGAGAGAUUUUGCAUCCUUAGAGACGUCGCCGCUGGACUACAAUAUCGUAAGAACAUGUCUAAUGUAUCCAUACAGCGAAUAACGGGAGAUAAUUACAGUCCACUCUCGGGACAUAGUACAUGGAGAUCUCACAAGUGCCGAGCAUGCCUGGCAGAUUUUGGACUAUCCACUAUCAUCGCGGAGUUUGGUAACACGUAUUUCAGCUCUGUUAGACAGGGAGCACUCCGUUGGGCAGCCCCGGAAGCACUCAUUAUACCUCAGGAAGGAAAGGUUGUGCUACCUACAGCACGAGGGGAUGUGUAUUCCUUUGGUAGCAUAAUACUCCAGGCAUGCAAAGUCCCGUACCACUAUAUCAAGAACGACAACGCACUUGUCGGUGAAGUUUAUUUGCGGAAGAAACCAAGGAGGCUUUCGAGGCCCGUAAUCGCAGACACUCACUGGAGUUUUAUGGAGGAAUGUUGGUUGUCAGAGAAAGAUGGAGCUUAUCGUCCUAGCGUGAAAGAGAUUUGCAAGUUUGUCGAUUCGCAAGUUGAUCUCCACAUCAAACGUACCGUUAUCGUCAUUCCCGUUUCCAUCCCGAUUGCAAGCCAUAUUAGCGACGCCAACUCUCUAAAACGUUACAACAACUAUGAUGAUGGCCCAGCGUUUGCCCGCGGUUUGUCCUCUCGUUAUGCCCAGGCAAAGGUGGCUUAUCAUCAAGUUGCAGAGGACCUCAUCUUAACCGGCGAGGCCUUCAAAAUACUAAAGCAGAUAUACAAAAGCCCGCCCUGUCGCCUCGCAAUUCUUGCUGAAGAGUUGCAUGACAUAUUGGAGAUGGUUCUGCAGGGGCAAGAUGUAUCGAAUACUCCGGAGAAGAUAUUUACUGCACUCCAGAAGCUGCUUAGAUCCGUCGUCGAGGUAUUGGACGCUGAGUUCCACGCCUCACACGCACCCGACCGAUUGGGAAACAGAGGGCAGAAAGAAGGAUCCGACACCAGUAUUAGUGAGGAGAGGGAGCGUUUGCAUAAUGCUAGCCAUAUUUUGGGCGCAUUGCACGAAUACUGGCCUAUCAAGUGA